UAAUUCCGAGGGAGAGUGAGUGGGGCCCGGACUGUCAGGGCCGAGCAGACAGACACCCUUCUGCCCAGCUGACUGGACAGGGCAGGGGCGCAGCGGGGCCAGCGCCGCUGGAGCCACUUUCUGGGGGCCUUCAGCUCCUUUUCUUCUUGGUUGCGCCGCCCCCCCUCCUGCACGCCCCCUCCUCAAACGAGCUUGUGAAAGAGUGGGGGCAGGAGACGCAGACCCUAAAGUAGAGCACAGUUAAUGACCAGCCACCCGUCCCUGCUGGGAGCGCCUGCUAUUGCCCCACAGGACCCGGAGCCGCCGGCAGGCUGCUGUGGGCGCUGGCUGCGGGAACAUGGCUUGGGGGUCCCAGUUGAGGUUGCUGCUGUGGAAGAACCUCACUUUCAGAAGAAGACAAACAUGUCAGCUGUUGCUGGAGGUGGCCUGGCCUCUGUUUAUCUUCCUGAUCCUGAUAUCUGUUCGACUGAGCUACCCACCCUAUGAACAACAUGAAUGCCACUUUCCAAACAAAGCCAUGCCCUCUGCAGGGACACUUCCUUGGGUUCAGGGGAUUAUCUGUAAUGCCAACAACCCCUGCUUUCGUUAUCCGACUCCUGGUGAGGCUCCAGGCAUUGUUGGAAACUUUAACAAAUCCAUCGUGUCGCGCCUGUUCUCAGAUGCUCAGAGGCUGCUUCUGUACAGCCAGAGAGACACCAGCAUGAAGGAUAUCCACAAAGUUCUGGGAACGUUACGGCAGAUCGAGAACUCCAACUCAAGUUUGAAGCUUCGGGACUUCUUGGUGGACAAUGAAACCUUCUCAGGAUUCCUGCACCACAACCUGUCUCUGCCCAGGCCCAUGGUGCACCGGGUGACGGGGGCCACUGUCAGCCUCCACAAGGUAUUUUUGCAUGGAUACCAGUUACAUCUGACCAAUCUGUGCAAUGGGUCAAAACUAGGAGAGGUGAUUCAACUCGGUGACCAAGAACUUGCCAAGCUUUGCAGCCUGCCAAGGGAGAGGCUGGAUGCAGCCGAGCGAGUGCUUCGCUCCAACAUGGACAUCCUGAAGCCGAUCCUCGCAGAACUCAACACCACAUCUCCCUUCCCGAGCAAGGAGCUGGCUGAAGCCACCAAAACGUUGCUGUAUAGUCUCGGGAACCUGGCCCAGGAGCUGUUCAGCAUGCGGAGCUGGAGUGACAUGCGGCGGGAGGUGCUAUAUCUGACCAAUGUGAACAGCUCCAGCUCCUCCACCCAGAUUUACCAAGCAGUGUCCCGCAUUGUCUGUGGUCACCCCGAGGGCGGGGGGCUGAAGAUCAAGUCCCUCAACUGGUAUGAGGACAACAACUACAAAGCCCUCUUUGGGGGCAAUGGCACCGAGGAAGAUGCUGGCACCUUCUAUGACAAUUCUACGACGCCUUACUGCAAUGAUUUGAUGAAGAAUUUGGAGUCGAGUCCACUUUCCCGAAUUAUCUGGAAAGCGCUCAAGCCUCUGCUCGUGGGGAAGAUCCUGUAUACACCUGACACUCCAGUCACGAGGCACGUUAUGGCUGAGGUGAACAAGACCUUCCAGGAACUGGCUGUGUUCCAUGAUCUGGAAGGCAUGUGGGAAGAGCUCAGCCCCAAGAUCUGGACCUUCAUGGAGAGCAGCCAAGAAAUGGACCUUGUCCGGACGCUGUUGGACAGCAGAGGCAAUGACCAGUUCUGGGAGCAGCAGUUGGAGGGCUUAGGUUGGACGGCCCAAGACAUCGUGGCGUUCCUGGCCAAGCACCCCGAGGAUGCCCAAGAUAUCAAUGGCUCUGUGUACACCUGGAGAGAGGCUUUCAACGAGACCAGUCAGGCAAUCCAGACCAUCUCUCGCUUCAUGGAGUGUGUCAACCUGAACAAACUGGAACCGGUAGCAACUGAAGUUGGCCUCAUCAAUCAGUCCAUGCGGUUGCUGGAUGAGAGGAAGUUCUGGGCUGGAAUUGUCUUCACCGGAAUCACUCCCAACAGUGUUGAGCUGCCCCAUCACGUCAAGUAUAAGAUCCGAAUGGACAUUGACAAUGUGGAAAGGACGAAUAAAAUCAAGGAUGCGUACUGGGACCCGGGUCCUCGGGCGGACCCCUUUGAGGACAUGCGGUACGUCUGGGGAGGCUUUGCCUACUUGCAGGAUGUGGUGGAGCAGGCCAUCAUCAGAGUGCAGACGGGCCUGGAGAAGAAGACCGGGGUCUACAUGCAGCAGAUGCCCUACCCAUGUUACGUCGAUGACAUCUUCCUGCGGGUAAUGAGCCGGUCCAUGCCCCUGUUCAUGACGCUGGCCUGGAUCUACUCAGUGGCUGUGAUCAUCAAGGGCAUUGUGUAUGAGAAGGAAGCGCGGCUGAAGGAGACCAUGCGGAUCAUGGGCCUGGACAACGGCAUCCUCUGGUUUAGCUGGUUCAUCAGCAGCCUCAUCCCUCUGCUUGUGAGCGCCAGUCUGCUGGUGGUCAUUCUCAAGUUAGGAAACCUGCUGCCCUACAGCGACCCCAGCGUCGUGUUUGUCUUCCUGUCCGUGUUCGCCGUGGUGACCAUCUUACAGUGCUUCCUGCUCAGCACGCUCUUCUCCAGAGCCAACCUGGCCGCAGCCUGUGGGGGCAUCCUCUACUUCAUUCUCUACCUGCCCUACGUGCUGUGUGUGGCCUGGCAGGACUACGUGGGCUUCAACCUCAAAGUCUUUGCGAGCCUGCUGUCUCCUGUGGCGUUUGGGUUCGGCUGCGAGUACUUUGCUCUUUUUGAGGAGCAGGGCAUUGGGGUGCAGUGGGACAACCUGUUUGAGAGCCUAGUGGAGGGAGAUGGCUUCAACCUGACGACCUCCGUGUCCAUGAUGCUGUUCGACACCUUCAUCUAUGGAGUGAUGACGUGGUACAUCGAGGCUGUCUUUCCAGGCCAAUAUGGAAUUCCCAGACCCUGGUAUUUUCCUUGCACCAAGUCCUAUUGGUUCGGCGAGGAAAGUGAUGAGAAGAGCCACCCUGGUUCCAGCCAGAAGGGAGUAUCAGAAAUCCGCAUGGAGGAGGAACCCACGCACCUGAAGCUGGGUGUGUCCAUCCAGAACCUGGUGAAGGUUUACCGAGAUGGCAUGAAGGUGGCAGUCGAUGGCUUGGCACUGAACUUCUAUGAGGGCCAGAUCACCUCCUUCCUGGGCCACAAUGGAGCGGGGAAGACCACGACCAUGUCAAUCCUGACUGGGUUGUUCCCUCCUACCUCGGGCACUGCCUACAUCCUGGGGAAAGACAUUCGCUCCGAGAUGAGCACCAUCCGGCAGAACCUGGGCGUCUGUCCCCAGCAUAAUGUGCUGUUUGACAUGCUGACCGUCGAAGAGCACAUCUGGUUCUACGCCUGCCUGAAAGGGCUCUCCGAGAAGCACGUGAAAGUGGAGAUGGAGCAGAUGGCCCUGGAUGUGGGGCUGCCACCUAGCAAGCUGAAAAGUAAAACAAGUCAGUUGUCAGGGGGAAUGCAGAGGAAGCUAUCUGUGGCCUUGGCUUUCGUGGGGGGAUCCAAGGUUGUCAUUCUUGAUGAGCCGACGGCUGGUGUGGACCCUUACUCUCGCAGAGGGAUAUGGGAGCUGCUGCUGAAAUAUCGACAAGGCCGCACCAUUAUUCUCUCCACACACCACAUGGAUGAAGCAGACAUUCUGGGGGACAGGAUUGCCAUCAUUUCCCAUGGGAAGCUGUGCUGUGUGGGCUCCUCCCUGUUCCUGAAGAACCAGCUGGGAACAGGCUACUACCUGACCCUGGUCAAGAAGGAUGUGGAGUCCUCUCUCGGUUCCUGCAGAAACAGCAGCAGCACCGUGUCAAACCUGAAGAAGGAGGACAGUGUUUCUCAGAGCAGUUCUGAUGCUGGCCUGGGCAGCGACCAUGAAAGUGACACGCUGACCAUCGAUGUCUCUGCUAUCUCCAACCUCAUCAGAAAGCAUGUGGCGGAGGCCCGGCUGGUGGAAGACAUUGGACACGAGCUGACCUACGUGCUGCCCUAUGAAGCUGCCAAAGAGGGAGCCUUCGUGGAGCUCUUCCAUGAGAUUGACGACCGGCUCUCGGACCUCGGCAUCUCCAGUUACGGCAUCUCAGAGACAACCCUGGAAGAAAUAUUCCUCAAAGUGGCUGAAGAGAGUGGAGUGGAUGCCGAGACCUCAGAUGGCACCUUGCCGGCACGACGGAACAGACGGGCCUUUGGGGACAGGCAGAGCUGUCUCCGUCCAUUUACAGAAGACGAUGGUGUGGACCCCAAUGAUUCUGACAUCGACCCAGAAUCGAGAGAAACAGACCUGCUCAGUGGCAUGGAUGGCAAGGGCUCUUACCAGGUGAAGGGCUGGAAACUCACACAGCAACAGUUUGUGGCUCUUUUGUGGAAGAGGCUGCUGAUUGCCAAGAGGAGUCGGAAGGGAUUCUUUGCUCAGAUUGUGCUGCCAGCUGUGUUUGUGUGCAUCGCCCUGGUAUUCAGCUUGAUUGUGCCGCCCUUUGGCAAGUACCCGAACCUGGAGCUGCAGCCUUGGAUGUACAAUGAGCAGUACACGUUUGUCAGUAAUGAUGCUCCUGAGGAUGUGAGCACCCAGCAACUCUUGAAUGCCCUCACUAAGGACCCUGGCUUCGGCACCCGAUGCAUGGAAGGGGACCCAAUUCCAGAAAUGCCCUGCUCGGUGGGAGAGGAGGAGUGGACCACGGCCUCAGUCCCCCAGACCAUCAUGGACCUCUUCCAAAAUGGGAACUGGACGAUGGAGAGCCCUUCGCCUGCCUGCCAGUGUAGCAGUGACAAAAUUAAGAAGAUGCUGCCCGUGUGUCCUGCGGGGGCAGGGGGCCUGCCUCCUCCACAGAGAAGACAGAACACGGCAGACAUCCUGCAGAACCUGACGGGAAGAAACAUUUCCGAUUAUCUGGUGAAGACCUAUGUGCAGAUCAUUGCCAAAAGCUUAAAGAACAAGAUCUGGGUGAAUGAAUUUAGGUACGGCGGGUUCUCCCUGGGCGCCAGCCGUUCCCAUGCACUUCCUCCGAGUGAAGAAGUUAAUAAUGCCAUCGAGCAAAUGAAGAAACACUUGAAGCUGGCCAAGGACAGUUCGGCAGAUCGAUUUCUCAGCAGCUUGGGGAGGUUCAUGACGGGACUGGACACCAAAAAUAACGUCAAGGUGUGGUUUAACAACAAGGGCUGGCAUGCCAUCAGCUCUUUCCUGAAUGUCAUCAACAAUGCCAUUCUCCGGGCCAACCUGCAGAAGGGAGAGAACCCAAACAAGUAUGGGAUUACUGCUUUCAACCACCCUCUGAAUCUCACCAAGCAGCAGCUCUCGGAAGUGGCCCUGAUGACCACCUCAGUGGAUGUGCUGGUCUCCAUCUGUGUCAUCUUUGCGAUGUCCUUCGUCCCGGCCAGCUUUGUCGUGUUCCUGAUCCAGGAGCGGGUCAGCAAGGCGAAGCACCUGCAGUUCAUCAGUGGGGUGAAGCCUGUCAUCUACUGGCUCUCCAAUUUUGUCUGGGAUAUGUGCAACUAUGUGGUCCCAGCCACGCUGGUCAUCAUCAUCUUCAUCUGCUUCCAGCAGAAGUCCUACGUCUCAUCCACCAACCUGCCUGUGUUGGCCCUGCUACUUCUGCUGUAUGGGUGGUCCAUCACACCUCUCAUGUACCCAGCCUCCUUCGUGUUCAAGAUCCCCAGCACGGCCUACGUGGUCCUCACCAGCGUGAACCUCUUCAUCGGGAUCAAUGGCAGUGUGGCCACUUUCGUCCUGGAGCUCUUCACCAACAACAAACUGAACAACAUCAACGACAUCCUGAAGUCUGUGUUCUUGAUCUUCCCACAUUUUUGCCUGGGACGAGGGCUCAUUGACAUGGUGAAAAACCAAGCAAUGGCUGACGCCCUGGAAAGGUUUGGGGAGAAUCGCUUCAUCUCGCCCCUCUCUUGGGAUCUGGUGGGCCGAAACCUCUUUGCUAUGGCUGUGGAAGGCGUGGUGUUCUUCCUCAUCACUGUUCUGAUCCAGUACAGAUUCUUCAUUAGACCCAGAGCUGUAAAGACAAAGUUCCUUCCCCUGAAUGAUGAGGAUGAAGAUGUGAGGCGGGAGAGACAGAGAAUUCUUGACGGAGGAGGCCAGAAUGACAUCUUGGAAAUCAAAGAGUUGACGAAGAUCUACAGGAGGAAGAGGAAGCCUGCCGUGGACAGAAUUUGCGUUGGGAUUCCUCGUGGCGAGUGCUUUGGACUUCUGGGAGUGAACGGGGCUGGGAAAUCAUCAACAUUCAAGAUGUUAACUGGAGACACCACUGUUACCAGAGGCAACGCUUUUCUUAACAAAAAUAGUAUCUUAUCCAACAUCCACGAGGUACAUCAGAACAUGGGCUACUGCCCGCAGUUUGAUGCCAUCACGGAGCUGCUGACGGGCAGAGAACACGUGGAGUUCUUCGCUCUCUUGAGAGGAGUCCCGGAGAAAGAAGUUGGCAAGGUUGGUGAAUGGGCAAUUCGGAAACUGGGCCUUCUGAAAUAUGGAGAGAAAUAUGCUGGUAAUUAUAGCGGCGGCAACAAGCGCAAGCUGUCCACAGCCAUGGCUCUGAUUGGCGGGCCUCCCGUGGUGUUUCUGGAUGAACCGACCACAGGCAUGGAUCCCAAAGCCCGGCGGUUCUUGUGGAACUGUGCCUUAAGCAUCAUCAAAGAGGGACGAUCAGUGGUGCUGACAUCUCACAGUAUGGAAGAGUGUGAAGCUCUUUGCACUAGGAUGGCAAUCAUGGUCAACGGGAAGUUCAGGUGUCUUGGCAGUGUUCAGCAUCUCAAAAACAGGUUUGGAGAUGGUUACACAAUAGUUGUACGAAUAGCAGGCUCAAACCCGGACCUGAAGCCUGUCCAGGAAUUCUUCGGGCUCGCCUUUCCAGGCAGUGUCCUAAAGGAGAAACACCGGAAUAUGCUGCAAUACCAGCUUCCGUCUUCGUUGUCUUCACUGGCCAGGAUAUUCAGCAUCCUCUCUCAGAGCAAAAAACAACUCCACAUAGAAGACUACUCUGUUUCUCAGACAACGCUGGACCAAGUAUUUGUGAACUUUGCCAAGGACCAAAGUGAUGAUGACCACUUAAAAGACCUGUCGUUGCACAAACACCAGACAGUGGUGGACGUGGCAGUGCUCACGUCCUUUCUCCAGGAUGAGAAAGUGAAAGAGAGUUAUGUAUGAAGAAUCUGCUCAUACAGAUCAACUGGCAGAAAGGAGGCGCCGGACCUUCUUUACAGACAUGUGAAGUGGCCCAGAGGGGACCGAGCCAGCCGUUUCUGUGGGAAGAAGUAAACUGGAUACUGUACUGAGACUGUUCAAUGCAAUGCAAUUCAAUGCAAUGAAAACAAAAUUCCAUUACAGGGGCAGUGCCUUUGUAGCCUAUGUUUGUAUGGCUCUCCAGUGAAAAAGACUUGAAUUUAGCUUGUUACCUUACACUGAUGUGAAACUCUAGUGUGGAACCCAGCAGACAUAUGGGUCUGAGAUCAUCCUCUUUUGUUCCUUUGUGUCUUCUCACUGGGAUCACAACCAUCCCUCAUCGCGUAAUCAUGGCCAGUGGUUAUUUAUCAAAAUCAAAAGGCGUGCACAUCCUCAUUCCUUAAGCCAUGCUAUGAGACUGGUUUCCUGGCGACACAUCCAUUGCUGGCGGUGAGUGUGCCAGAAUCACUCGUGCCAAGUUGUCUAGAAAGGCUGCAGCACCACGGUGUGUCCACGCACGCUGUUGUGAAAGCUGUUCUGCUCAGAUCCUGUGGACAUUUAAACAUCAGGUGACAAAAUGGUGCCAUGUGUGGGGAAGGCCUGCCCCGACCUCCUCUUCGCUGAGCUGCUCUAGGUGGUAGCAUGCAAAGAUGUGACACCGAGACUCGGUUCCACUGUUAGGUUGCCCCUUGCCUGGGGCCAUGGGUCUCUAGGGCUUUCUGGAGCUCUUAUGGACACUUAGAUCCUGGUAAGAAUGAAAGAAUCUGCGGCCAAACUGUUGGAGCUGCAAGCUGCUGGGGCCAGGGCACGGGAUUAAAAGGACAGCUUUCAAGCCUAGGGAGGAGUGUGCCCGUCUGUCCUGAUUGUCUCCUAACACGAUACACUGCAUCUCAAGACCUGUGUUUGAUUCAAGUGUAGUAUUGUUUCUGGCUUUUUGAAUUAAUGUAGAAUAUGAAAAGAUGGAGUUGUAUUCUGACAAAAUAAUUGUACUUUUAGUAUUAUUUGGAGUUUUGACUUGUCAGUGACUCCUGAAACCUUAGAAUGGACUCUCUGUAGAACCUGGCAGCACAGAGGCGUAUGGCCAUGCUGCUGCACUCGAUUUUCUCAUAAAAGGAUAGUCUGAAAGCAAAGUGUUGGUCAAGGUCUCAGGACAGUGGUAGAUUGGAGUUUCCCUGAAGCCAUUUAAAAUACUCUUAACCUCAGUCUAUUAAGCAAGGAUUUUUUGAGAGCUGUUGCUGAAGGUGGUGUUUGGAGAUAGGGGAUCUUGGUAGAUUUCUUGUGCCAUGGGAUUCAGUUCACUGGCUUACAGAUAUUGGUUGUUUAUAAAGCUCUUGGGCAGGAGUCCAUUUUUUGGAAAAUAAUUGCAAAUACCAAGAAAGUGCAAGCGACACAGGCGAAACAGUGAUUUCUUUCAGAGAAAUUGGCAGCGCGGAAACUUGUUGAAAACACAACUGGUGAUUAUGCUAUUGUCGUAACUUUGUGUAAAUGGUUUUGCAGAUGUUAAGACAACCCAUUAAAACCUCUUGACAAUCUCAAAGAUUUUGUUUCUUCAGUUAGUAUUACUCUAUCAUGAAAUGAGUUUGGGAACUUAUGAUCUCAACUAUCCUGAUGCUAACCUUUAAAAGUUUUCUGUGUAAACCUAAUUAUGGUAGGCAUUUUUUUUUGCUAGCACAAUCAAGUACAAUUUUUCAUACUCUCUGUGGAAAUAGAACUAUGUGAGAUUCAGAAACGCUAAAAUAAUGUUCGAAAGAUUUCUACUGUAGCUUCUUUGGGACAUUUUGGAAACCUUGUUUUAACAAAACAACUGUGAAUAUGAGAAAAAACAUGAGACAAUAACAACGAAAAAGCCCUCCUUAGAUAAAAUGCCCAGCACACUUCAUUGUUAACAAACAACGAAACCUCAAACUACUGUAUUUCACUAUGAAAGCGUAUGCUUUGUAACUAUUAAAUGUUGUGUACCACUCAGUCACUGUAAUCACUGACUAAAGGGAUUGGUCUACAUUUUCUUCUCGUGGUUGUAUAUAUCAGGUAAAAUUGUUCCAAAGAGCCAUGUGUCCUAUAAUACUGAACCACUUUGAUAGUGAGAUUAAUUUGUACCCUGGUUACAAUUAAAGAUGCUAUUGUUAUGUA